AGUAAUAAUACCAAUAAUAUAAUGUCGUAUCAAAGUAUAACAUCAAAUAAUAAAAAAUCGCUCGUACAGCUAUCAAAAACAUUAUCAUAUAUAUUAAGACAUAGCGCUGUUAAAGAAGGUUUAAACAUAAGUAAAGACGGAUAUGUUAGUGUUGACGAACUUUUGAAACAUAAAUUAUUUUCUCAAUAUACAUUUAAAGAUAUUCAAGAGGUUGUAGACACCAACGAUAAAAAGAGAUAUAAUUUAAAGAAAGGCGAAGGUGAAAAUAGCGAAAAGUAUUUCAUAUGUGCCAACCAAGGUCAUUCAAUUUCAGAUGUGGAUGAAGUGGACUUGAAGAGAAUCGAAUCUGUAGAUGAAGUAGAAUCAGUGGUACAUGGAACCUAUAAAAAACACUUAAAAUCAAUUUUAGAAAAUGGUUUACAGAAAAUGGAAAGAAACCAUAUACAUUUUGCAGUAGGUUUACCAGGUGAAGGUCAAGUAAUUUCAGGUAUGAGAGGAAGCUGUGACAUGGUAAUUUAUAUCGAUUUACAAAAGUGUUUGGAUGAUGACAUACCCAUGUUCCUUUCAAAGAAUAAUGUAGUUUUAACAAAUGGAAAAGAUAACAAUGGAAUUUUACCAAUAAAAUAUUUCACCAAAAUUGUCGAUAAAAACAAUGUUACCAUUUGGCAAAGAUAAUAAAAUUUUACAAUAAAAUUAUAAUUUAAUUAUUUUUAUUGUUUAAAACACA